CUAUUGGCGUUGCACUAAAUGUAUGUGAUUCAGCAAUCAAAAGAAAAUUCCGCACUGAUAGUGGAGGUACUAUCCGUGCUUGUGCAUGAGCGGCGUUCGCGGAGGUUCCGUAUCAUUUUUUGUAUUAAUUUACAUACGACUGUGGAUCAACAACAGAAAAGAGGAAAAGAAAUCUGGUGAUGGAGAGCGGUUCAUGCCAAGAAAUGCUUUUUAUCGUGAAGGAGCAACGAAGUGAUACACACAGAUGCAAAUCUACUAGUACAUCCCAAUCUACUAGUACAUCCCCGAUAAUGAUGAAAAUGAAGGAGUGGCUAUUUUUCUAUCUUCCGAGGCGGCCACGAAAUGGAAAUGGUCGGAAAUGGCCGCAAAAUGAACUUUAGCUACUUACUGAGUACGUACUUCCACAUCUACUUGUAUUUUUUUGAAUAUGUCGAAUAUCUCAACAAAAUCAUGCGACCAUUCACAACACGAAGACAGAUCAGAAAGUUUCCUUUUAGCAAGGCAAGUCAUUAGAGCGACGCGGUCAAGUUGACAAGUUGUGAUUUGAUUCUGAAUUCAAUCAACCGUCGCGGAAGGUUGAUCUAGUAGGUGUGGUUGUGGUUGUGGAGAGAAGUUGUAGAGUCUUGCUUUUAAAGGAGGUCUUUCCCAGAAACUACAUCUUCUCCAGACCUUGUUGUAGUUGUUCGUCUUCAUGCACGCCGAGCCGUAGCUUGAACAGAUCGCCUUGUGCUGUUUCCCCUAGUACGUGGUCGCCAUCUACUCCACCUUAAUCUGCAUCGCAAAGCAACAUCAUGACGCCCCGACGGAGCACAACUAAUUCUUCGAACGUCCUGGACGUGGUUGGCCGGCGGCUCGACGACAAUGAACUGCAAGCGGUUUUUGGGUCCAAGAAGCAAAGAAUGGACGAGCGCACCUCGCCAGCCUCGACCCGCGAUUCGUCAGUCAAGCACGGCACAACCAACACUGCUGCAUCUACUUCUUCUGUUGAUUACGUCGAGCCCACCGCCUCGUCCUCCGUCGGCUCGCCCUACCGUCUCGAUGCGAUCUUGCCGUGCGAAAAACUGGAGGACUGGCUGGGCAAGGAGGGUGAGAAGUACAAGGGACUGGGCGUGAUGCGGUCGCAGAAUUGGGACCACGCGCAGGCGGCCAUUGACCGCUUACACCAGCUGCAGGCGCUGGGGGAACUGGAAGGAGUGAUGGAAGUGGUUCCGAUCCUGAACCCCGAAAAAACCACAGCGGGAAGCGACCAUCUUCAGAACCAGCAAGUCAGGAACAAGAAUGGCAAAAACAGCAGAUCUCUGAAGAGGCAAAGCCGCGAUGGUCAACAACAUGAUCACGAGGAGCAGAAGAAACAAGACCAGCAGAAGGACGAGAAAAUGAUCAUUGGUACUACGAAUCACAACAAGAAAAAUCAUGCCAACCUCGACGAACAGGAUCUAAAACUCCGACUCAUCUCCGCUGCCAGCGCGCUGCUGGACCCGCUCUGCGCCAUUGGGCUCCCGGAGGACCUCGCGAAUCAGGUCCGCACCGACGCCGUGGAAAUCGGUGCCGUGGUCGCGAAACUGGUCACCAAUGCGGACUCGUUGAUCCUGAAGCUCGAACUGAUGACCGAUAACGUCUGCGCCCGGUGGCACCAGGACUACUACGUGUGCCGCGCGAUCUGCACCUACAACGUCAGCUCCACGGAGUACAUUCACGACGCGCACGUGGACUUCUGGGAACUCAACAACUGCGGCAACAACGACUCCGUCGUGCAGGACCGAACCCCGAUUUGCCGGAUUGGCGUGGGGAACAUCCUCUUCAUGAAGGGGCACCACUUCCCGACAAAGCCCAAUGGGUUAGUCCACCGCUCCCCGGAGCCGGUUCGAGCAGCUACCGGUGGCGUGAAAACCCGACUUGUCUUGAAGGUCGAUGUUGACGAUGAGGUCGCGCAGCGUGUGCUCGACCGGCAGCGCGGGUUUAGCUCCUGAGGUGGAAAUAGUAGUGGUGGAAAGUAGAAAAGAGCAUGGACUUGGACUUGCUGCUAUUGCAUUGCUUUUUAGUGUUUUUGUAACAAGUGUUUGUCCCGUUUCAUAUGUUCAUCCAUGGGGCUACACCUACACCACCAGCUUCAAAGCCGUAUUCCAUUAUCGAGGCAAACAAAAGGGAUGUGUACUAUGUGGUUUCGUUUUUCCAGCAGGUCCUCGGUUGAGGAAUUUGAUUAAAGUGAGUCCGAGUGGUUCAAUGGAUUUGAAUUUUUUUUGGCCGCAAGGAUUUUCUACGUUUUUGGGAGUGGUUUCUCGGCAUCUUUUGGAAGGAUAAAAAUGAAUGGUUUCUAGCAGAGUUUUGAUGCAGAUGCGUCAGCGUCAGCAAGUUAGCUACUUUACACGUUAUUUACUGAGAAGCAGAACACCUCUUUGUCGUACUACGCGGUUUACUUCUACUUCUGUUAUUUUCUAAGUGCUAAGUGGCAGCGAGAGCGACAGCAGGCACAGACGCACCUUACUUUCGAGGCGCGUUUGUUUUUGUUUUCAAUGAACAAUGAUAGCGAAGAUUCUCUUUUUUCAGGUAGUUCUACUUUCCGCUCGUUGUACAAAGUAUAAGUAAAGAAAUCAGACGUAUGAAAUCUAAAAUGUCUUGUCGAAUAUUGGUAUUUGAGUACUUAUCGUAGAAACGAAGUAGAGAAGACGACACUAUACGUAUUUGUGAUAUCUUUCAAUGUCUCAUCAAAAUCGAAAAAAG